AUGGCAAAAGCAUAUGCAGUCUCUAUUCUUUCUACAACUCCUGGCCCAGUACUGCUUGGUGGAUGGUCAUUUGGUGGUGUUGUUGCCUAUGAGAUUGCAUUGCAGCUUACUGCACAAGGGAUACAAGUAAAGGGAAUAAUUCUGAUUGAUUCACCCAGUCCUAUCAAUCAUACUCCCCUAACACCUCCACUGAUCAAUCACAUCCUCACACUGGAGAAUCCCAACAUUCAUAAUGCCAAAUCUGCUGCCUUGAUCCAGAAACAAUUUUCUAGCAGUUCAGAGAUGCUGUCUAGAUAUGUUCCACAUGCAACAGCAAGUCUGUGCCCACCACUUGUACUCCUGCGUUCAGUGGAGGGAUUCAGUCCUAGCAAUGGAGACAAGAUCCAAGUACCUAAAUGGCUGGAAGAUAGAACUGAUUUACAAACCAGUGUUGCUGGUUGGGAGAGUCUUGCACACUGCACAGUCAAAGUGUUAGAUAUUCCUGGUCAUCAUUUCAGUGCUUUCCAUCCUUCAAAUGUGAGUAUUCUCUGA